CUUGCCAUUAGUGUAUUCUAAUCAGGCGAGCGAUUGGCUGCGAGGGAAAGUGGGCGUGUCUGCGGGCCGCAGGAAAGUGUUGCUGGGUUACCAUAGAGUGUGUGCGGCUUCCGGUGUACACAGUGCGUGCAGCUGCGGCGCCUGCCUGUCAGUCCCUCACUUACCCAGCGCAGUGCUGUGGCCGUCGGCCUGUGAGUCCCGCACACACACGCCGGAAGGUGGCUGGAAGGUGCCACAAAUACUGCUGCACAGGACAGUGGGUAUAAGAAAUCCUACAUACAAAACAUAAUUCAUAUGAAGAGAUGUGGAUGAAGAAGGUGCAGCCGUGCUUCCAUAAAAUCCCAUUAAAAAACUCAAACAACAUUGGGGCUGUCGAGGUCUGAAAAGCUUGAAUAGAGAAUUGGAGGAAAGUGGAAGCCAGUAUAAAGCAGCCAUGAUAUUGAAGCCAUCCUAGGACAUCCAGACCAGCCGUUUUAUUUUCCCCCGCUAUUUUUUGGAUUUCCUAUGUUUAGCCUCAUGGCGAAUUGCUGUCGUAAUUGCUUCAAACGUUUGCGCCAACCAGUUAGAAAAGUGACUCUGGUUAUGGUGGGUCUGGAUAAUGCUGGGAAGACUGCAACUGUGAAAGGCAUCCAAGGAGAGUCUCCAGAAGAUGUGGCCCCAACAGUCGGAUUCUCCAAAGCAAAUAUUCGACAGGGGAGAUUUGACAUCACAAUGUUUGAUCUCGGUGGUGGCAAGCAAAUCCGUGGCAUUUGGAAAAACUAUUAUGCCGAGUCCUAUGGAGUGGUGUUUGUUAUUGAUUCCAGCGAUGUGGAGAGGAUGGAGGAAACAAAGGAGACUGUUGCAGAAGUUCUAAGGCAUCCGAGGAUUGCAGGAAAACCAUUAUUAGUUUUGGCCAAUAAGCAGGACCGGGAAGGCGCUAUGGCAGAAGCUGAUAUCAUAGAGUUUCUCUCACUAGAGAAACUGGUAAACGAGAACAAGUGCUUAUGUCAAAUUGAGCCAUGUUCCGCAAUCCUAGGCUAUGGGAAAAAGAACAAUGCACAUAUAAGAAAAGGUCUGAACUGGUUACUAGAAGUCAUAGCAAAAGAUUUUGACACAUUACACGAGCGAAUUCAGAGGGAGACAGCGGAGCAGCGGGCACAGGAAGAGCAGGACAAACAGAAGAUAGCGGAGCGGGUGAAAAGGGUCCGGAUGCAAAGAGAAGAAAGAGAAAGGGAGGAAGCGGAGCAAGAAGGACGAAAUCUAAAUGACGAAGACACUUCUGUUCCCAUGGUCAAUCCAUUCCAGCCUAUAUCUGCGGUUAUAGUGGAGAACGAAACCAAAAUCCGGAAAGAGAAAGAGAAAAAGCGCCAAAAAAUGGUGAAUGGCCAAACUGGGGCAGAUAUUCCUCUGCAGUCUCAGGCAGAUGAGGAGGAGAUGGAUUCUGGUAGCGAGGGGAGUGAGAACAGCCAGGCACCACAGGACGGACAUUUAAUAGAGUCCUACAAGGACGCUCUGGCCCAGAAGCUGGAGCAGGAAGAUCAGAGUGUAGAGCCUUCCGAAGGAAGAGAAUCAGCUCACAGCAAAAAGAAGACAAAAAAGUCUAAAUUAAAAAGAAGUAACAAAAUAGAGCCUUUAGGCGCAGAGGAAUCCGAUCCAAAAAACCCAGCUACGCCUCCUCCUCAGUUACCUGUUGGCUGGGGAACCCCAAAGGUUACUAGAUUUCCAAAACUUGAGCCUCUGGGAGAAACACAUCAUAAUGGUAAUUGUAGAAUGCCUUUAUCUUCCGUUUCCUCGCAUGCAGAUCCCUCUCCAUUCUCCAUGGUGAUAGCAGCGCUUGCCGCACGGUCUCAUUAACACAUUGUUUUCUCCAAGCAUGGCUGUUCUCUCACAGGCAUCGGGCAUUAAUCCACUGGGCUUGUCCUCUCAUAUUUUUCUCCUUCAUUCGUUUUUUCAUUUCUAAAUAUUAACUGCAUGAAACAUAGGGAAUUUAAGCUAGGACUGUAGAGAAUGCAGCAAACAAAACUAAAAAUGCAUAUGUAUAUGAGGCAUCGGGGAGGGCGCUUGGGCCAGGUUGCCCCACCCCAAAAACUAAUUGACAAGUGGUGAGGGUGGGUGGUGCACUUACCUCCGGAUCCCCUGGGCAACUCCUCCUGUAAAAGCAGUCCUCUGCUGCAGCGUGCAAUGGGCCAUGUUCUCUCCUAGCCAGCUGUCUCUCACCGUUGCAUUACUUGGAGGAGGUGUGGCUGUGGUCCCGGGAUGUACCAGCAGGCUCAGCAUGGCCACGCCCACUCCCAGUAAUGCAUUGGUCAGAGACAGCCAGCUUGGGCAGAACAUGCAGCAGACUGCUUUUAAAGGAAAUACCGCCUACAGGGAUCUAGAGGUAAGCAAUUCCCUGCACGGGAGGAGGGAUGAGAGGAGCUGCAAAAUGAUUUUUUUUUCUAGGCCCCUCCCACGCUGAAAACAUUCUGGCGCCUGUGGGUGAAUGUAUGGUUCUAUAUAUGUAUGAAGGAGUGCCUAUGUAUACCCUAUACUUACUACAGUUCCUCAAGGUCUGCUUGUCAUUCUGUAUACUGAAUGAAAGACCAACAAUAGAACAACAGAGUUAUGGAUUGUUCUUACUGUUAUCCUGUAGGACUGCACAGAUGGUGGACUCUACUAAUAGACCAAACGUUCUUCAGGCGGGACGUGAUAGUCCCACAAUUCUCAUUCUUUUAGGAAAAAGAGGAAAUGUCCAACAUUUAUUAGCAUUAACAGUCCUAGUAGCAAGUCCGUAGCUCAGUGCAUACAAUUCUCCCUAACUGCUGUUGGCGUCAUAUCAUUAGCAAAGGUUUCCCUACGACGCUGGGAUGUACGUAGCUGCGAGAACCUGCAGUUUACACUACACCUCCUUCCUGUUUGCUUUUUUGCAGUAAUUCUUUCUAAUAAAUAACAUAAUUUCAUAUCUCCCAUUGUUAUAUCUAGACUUAAUCACAUUGUAAAUAAGUAUUUUUGUAUAUGGCUUGCUGUUGCUUUUCAUUCAUAAUAAACCACUAAACCACA